CACAAACACCAAAACAACAUUUAUAAUGCUUAUUUAAAAGCUAGGGAGCGGUUGAUUUUUAUCGUUCUCCUCCCCCAUAAACAUUCUCACACUCCUACUGAUUACUUGAGAGGAUCAACAUACCUGAUCAAUCCGUUGCAGUUGCUUAAAAAGCCAACAGUGUCGUUUUAAAGGUGUGUAAACAUUAACCAGAGCCGCAGAGAGCUCAGGCUUCGAGGAAGCACAGUGUGAAAUGUGAGGGGCAGAAAUCUUAAAUCGUGAAGGAGCAGAAUUUCAGCUCUGCGUGUCCAGAUAUCAUACUGCACUCAUUUACUCUGUUCUCGCUUGUCUUCAGGAUGCAUCUGGACUUCAAGCUUAGCGUUUACUUUGGCUUCGUGAUCGUUUCAUCCGUACAAACGUCACUCGCUCUUUCGCAGUCUGAUACAGAAGAAUCGCUGAAAGACAACAAUCAGGUCUCACGUACAGAGGAGCGCUUAGAGGACGCUUUUGAGGAGCAAGGCUAUUACCUGCAGCGCCUGUUCCUGGAGUAUGGCAGCAAUGGCACCCUGACCUAUGAAGGUCUACAGAAGUUACUGGGCAGCCUGGGACUGGGUGAGGUCAGCGUCCUGGAGAUCAGACACGGUACGGUGAUGCAUUCUUCUCUCAGCCUGGCUCAUAUUCACCAACAUUUAAAAGAAGACCAUCAUCAUCAUCAUCAUCCUCAUCAGCCCUCAUCAUCUCAAGACUCUGAGACCGAGACUAUUAAAGAGAAAGAAGAGAUUCCUGCAAUCGAUGUCAAAGUCGUGGUGCAUGGAUCUUCAGGACAGGGAGAUGGUUCACAGACGACAUCAUCGCUCGGCACAGAAAAAACAAUACUGCUCUCUGAUCAUCCGACAAAGAAUCACCUCCAUGAGAAUUGUCUGAACGUCACACAGCUUCUGUGGAACUUCGGCUUGGAUCAGACUUCUCACAUCACCCCAGAUCACUUCACCUUCCUGUGUCCUGCUCUGCUCUAUCAGAUAGACAGCGGCGUGUGUCUCCGCCACACGAACCCUCACACGCAUGAAGACGGAGAUAGUGUGGCGUUUCUUAGAGCUCUGGGUUGGGCCUCUGUGGCGCUGCUAGUAAUCAGUCUGCCGUCCUUCCUGGCCCUCGGACUGACCCCUCUGGUACCCCCUGCUGCCCUACGGAGCUUCCUGUGCCCCAUGGCGGCCAUGGCUGUGGGCACGCUUUGUGGAGACGCCCUGUUGCACCUACUGCCUCAUGCGAACUCUGGGCCACAUAGCGAUCACCAGAAUGCAGUGCUAAAGGGCUUAAGUGUACUCGGGGGACUUUACCUGCUCUUCACAUUUGAGAGUAUUCUUGGUCUCAGACACAGCUAUAAGAAAUCAAAGAAAAGAAAGCAGAAUGUAACAGAGGCUCGGGAAAUGGAGGCGUUAGAGGGUUCUUCUACUCUUGAUUGCUCUAUGAACCCUGAGUCUGGUCACGGUCAUUCUCAUACAGCGCCGGAUCGAAGCUCCUCCAGCCUCAGCACCGUCGCCUGGAUGGUCAUCAUGGGAGACGGAAUCCACAACCUCACUGACGGGCUAGCGAUCGGUGUGGCAUUUUCUCAGAGCCUGACUGGAGGACUCAGUACAGCUAUCGCUGUCUUCUGCCAUGAGCUUCCUCAUGAGCUGGGUGAUCUGGCCAUGUUGCUGGCUGCAGGUUGGCCUGUACGAAGAUUGGCACUGUUCAGCUUGCUCUCGGCCCUGCUGGGCUAUGUGGGAGUGCUGACUGGUUCUGCACUGGGGCACCACUGGGCACAACACUCGCCAUGGAUCCUCACGCUCACCGCCGGAGUCUUUCUCUACGUGGCCCUCACUGACAUGAUGCCUGAGAUGCUGCAUGGAGACCAAGGUUCAGCGAGUCCCCUCAUCUCUUUUCUCCUGCAGAGCGUCGGCCUGCUCACCGGAGGAGGCAUCAUGCUGUGCAUCGCUCUCUUCGAGGAGAACAUCAGCGUUAACUUGAGUGAUGGAUGAGAGACAGAAAGUAACACGUGUGGAAUCUUUGACCAGCACCAAACCUUGCUAAAAUGGACUUCUCAUAGCUACUUGGGUUUACGUGCUGAAAGAACUGUACAGGAACGAGGAAAGCAGCUAAUGAAGCUAAUUCUGGUUAAUAGCUUUUCUUUUAUAUCACAGAGGAACUUUUUUUUUGCUACGUAGUUUUAUAUUAAGGAUUUUUAAUCUGACAUGUCAUUUAUUAAUCGGUCACUUAUUAGACCUGAUAAAGACAUCUGAUAUAGCGUAAUAUCGUAAUAUUUUGCAUUAACUGAUGUACUGUAUGUUAAAUGUAUAACUUUCUAGUUUGUGUGUGAAUAUGUUCAGCAGCAGCAUCUAAAAGAAGUUAUAUUUUAUUGUUAUAAAGUUUAUACACUUUACAGCUAAGGCUACAUAGACACUAGCCUGAAACUAGCCCCGAGAUUUCUGUAAAUAUUUUAAAAUAGUUUUUCUAAACAUUAAAAUUUUUGUAAUAAUCAUCUUUACAGCUAAUUCUAAGUAAUAAACAAAUAAAUAUCCAGCUAGCAAGAGCUAACCUGACAGGAUUUCUCACUGGAUUUUUAGGCCACAUUUGUAAAUGUUUAUAAUCUAGUACCAAUAUUAGCCAACUCGCUAACACAAGAGAAUUUCUGUAAUGAUUUUAGAUCCUAUUUCUAAGCAUUUUUCAUCUUCACAGAUUCACGUUUUAAUAAACUGCUAGCAUGAGCGAACCUGACAGGAUAUCCAAGAGGACUUUUAAUUUGUUUCUAAAUGAAGUUAUUUAUUUAUGUGCUAGACUGAAAGUUAAAUUUGAGCUAGAAAAUGUACCAGAUUUCUAAUAGGAUUUGAAGUCAAAUUCCUAAAUAUUUUUAUUUGUUACCUUCUUUGUUAUUUCUACUACUGAAGCUAGCAUGAGCUUACCUUACAGUAUUUUAAGACUUGAUUUAAUUUAUAAAUGAUUAAACUUCUCAGCUAAUGCUACACAGGAACACAGCAUGGAAUAACCUGAUAGGAUUAGCAUCAUGAUUAAAUCUAAUGCUAGAUAGAAAGCUAAAACGAGCUAACCUGACAGGAUUUUAAUUCAAAUUCCAAAAUGCUUUUAUUUACUGCCAAACCUGAUUAAAUGAGUUAAACCGA